GCAGCCCUGAAAUAGGGAGCCGGGGCUGAGCGGGGCAGGAGUUCUCGAUGCGCGCAGACAUGAGGACGUUGCUGGGAGUCGCCCUGCUGCUGGCUUUUGCCGCCAUGGCCCACUCCCUGCAGUGUUACACCUGCCACAGCUUCAACCAGAACUGCACCCUGAACGCGACCGGCUGUAACGUGACCCAACACCAAACCUGCCGCAGCCUCACCGUCCGGGAAAAGGGCCGAGCCCACGACCACGAGUACAUCAUCAACGGCUGCGGCAACUGCCUGGGUCUCAUCUCUUUCAACAGCGGCCCGUACUCGGCCUUCCUGCAUGCGACCUGCUGCAACUCGGACCUGUGCAACGAUCAGGUGGAGCCAGAGAGGGAGGACAAGACCCCGAACGGCCUGGAGUGCGAGGGCUGCUUCGCGUUGACGGAGUCCGGGUGUAACCGUUCGAUGGCCGCAGUCAAAUGCUACGGGCAACAGGACAGGUGCAUUCACACCUCGGGCACCCUCCACUGGUUGGACACAACCACCUAUGUCUUCAAGGGCUGCGCUUCGCACUUUGUCUGCCACGAACAGAACGCCCUGCCGAUCUUCGGACUGGAGCCCAACUAUGGCUUCUACUGCUGCCAGGGCUCCCGGUGUAACCUGGAGUUCCGCAACCUGACUCGGACCACCACGCUGGCGCCCACCACCUCCAAGGCAGCCCCCGCCCUCAACAUCCAGGCACUACUCGGCACCUGUCUGCUGCUGGCACUGCGGCUGGUUGUAGUCUAGGGCGUGGUGCCUCGGGGGGCCGGGGGGUGGGGGAUGGGCUUUGCAUCGGCUGUGAGGGUAGGGCAUUGGGGAGGGCAGUGGGGGAGACCGUUUAGGUUUCCGAGCCAUGAAUCCACUCCUCCCUCCCUCCCUCCCUCCCCUCCCCAACCCUCCCUCCCUCCCCUCCCACCCCACUUCCCCUCCCCCAUCCCCUCCUCCUUGCACUCCCCACCACCCCACCAUCCCUCCCCUCCCCUCCCCUCCCUUCCCUCUCCACAGUUUCCUCCCUCCCUCCCCUCCCACCAUUCCAUCC